GCCGGGAGGCGGUGGCGGCGGGCGGCGGGCAGGUGCUGCCCGGCGGGCACGGCUCGGCUCGGCUCGGCUCGGCUCGGCGCGGCGCGGCUCGGCAGCGCACCAUGACCGUCACACGGCUGGACCAGGGGCAGCGCUACCGGCCGCGGAUGGCCUUCCUGAAAAAGAUCGAAGCGCUUAUGAGGGAGAUGCAGAAUCCAGACACGGGCAUCAAGAUGCAGACGCAGAGGGUGAUGAUCACCAACAUCCCCCAUGCCGUGGCAGGUAACGAUAUACUGCAGUGGAUUCUCCAGCGUUUGCAGAUCACUGAUGAAGAGGCACUACACCUAGGGGACCUGUUUGUCAAAUAUGGGUACAUCUACCCUCUUCAGGAGCCGAAGAAUCUCACCCUGAAGACAGACGGUAGUCUGUACAGGUUUCAGACACCGUAUUUCUGGCCCACGCAGAGCUGGCCUGCUGAUGACACAGACUACGCAAUUUACCUAGCAAAGAAGAACAUUAAGAGGAAGGGGAUUUUAGAAGAAUAUGAAAAGGAACAUUACAACAUGCUCAAUAAAAAAAUAAACUACAAGUGGGAUUUCGUUAUUAUGCAAGCCAAAGAGCAGUAUAAGGCAGGGAAGGAGCGGAAGAAGGCGGACAGGUACGCCCUGGAUUGCCAGGAGAGAGCCUACUGGCUUGUGAACCGGACUCCCCCCGGCAUGCUUGACGUCCUGGAGUAUGGAUUAGACCGCGCGACAGAUCCCAAUGAAAAUAAGGUAAACCAGAAAAAAACAAUGGAUGUUUAUAGGAGAGAGAUCAUGUACUAUCAGCAGGCCAUCAUGAAGUCCAGAGUGAAAUCUUCUGUCUCCCUUGGAGGGCUUGUGAAGUACUCUGAGCAGUUCCUCUCCAAUGAUCCUAUCCUGUCGGGAUGUCUCCCCAGCAACCCCUGGGUAACAGACGACCCUGAGUUCUGGGAUCUCAAUGCAAAGCUAGUGGAAGUCCCCACCAGAAUGCGUGUGGAGCGAUGGGCCUUCAACUUCAGUGAGCUGAUACGAGACCCCAAAGGUCGGCAGAACUUCCAGCUCUUCCUGAAGAAGGAGUUCAGCGGAGAGAAUCUGAGUUUCUGGGAAGCCUGUGAGGAUCUCAAGUAUGGAGACCAAUCCAAGGUCAAAGAAAAAGCAGAAGAAAUUUACAAGCUCUUCCUGGCUCCAGGAGCAAGACGGUGGAUUAACAUCGAUGGCACAACAAUGGGCAUCACUGUCAAAGGCCUCAAGCACCCUCAUCGCUAUGUGCUAGAUGCUGCUCAGACCCACAUUUACAUGUUGAUGAAAAAGGACUCCUAUGGCCGCUAUUUAAAGUCUCCAAUAUACAAGGAAAUGCUGGCCAAGGCUGUUGUGCCUCAAGAGACUGUCAAAAAAAGCUCCAAUUUCCCGUUCGGCCGCCGUCAGCUCCGCUCCAGCCCCAGCCCCGUCAUCCUGAGGCAGCAAGAGGAAGAGGCCAAAGCCAAAGAAGCUGCCACCACUGUGGACAUCACGCAGGUCAUGAGCAAGCUGGAUCGGAGGAGCCAGCUCAAGCAGGAACCUCCCAAGUAGGCUCUAAGCCCUGCAGGGCACAGCGCAGGGAAAAGACAAGCUGAGGCUGGUGUUGAGCUUCGUCUCCCCUUCCUGAAGGUGUCAGUGCUGCUUUAGGUUUCCCAGGCCGGCUCUGCCAGCGGCCUGCUUCCUGCACGUUGCCAUGGCUUCUGCAGCAGCAGAUGUCACUUCCCAGGCACGGCAGGCAUGGGAAUGCUGCCGGAGCCAGGCCGCUGGCUGUGCCAGACUCGUGGCACAGGGCCAGAACCCCUUUGUGCACACCAUGGAGGUACAAUGCUUUCUGGCUGCCCCAAGACCCCAGGAGGCUGGGCAGCCCAGGCACCUCUCCCUGCCUCCUACUCCUCCAGGAGCUGGGAUGGCACAGGGUAGAGUGGAGUUGUGCUGUCCCAGUCCUUUGGGGUCAAAUCGGCCUUCCCUGGAGCAGCAGUGGAGGACCCUGCAGGGAGCAGGACGAAGCAGUCAGCCUCAGAGCAUGUCCAUGCUGGCAUCCAUCCUCUCAGUAGGACGUGCACCCUCCCAGGGGAUGCAUAGCGGGCACCCUCCUGAGAGGAGUGGUCACAUAAAUUCUCCAUCUGCUGUAAGGCACCCGAAGUAUCCUGCACCUCCAAGUCACUGCAGAGGAGUCAAAGAGAGAAGAGUGGGCUAGACUUCUUGUGAGAAUAGCAUGAUGACCAUUUCUGAAGGUUUGGGUGACUCUUUAAAUUUUAAUGACAUCCCAAGUCCCCCUGGCUCGUUGGAGAUGAUCAGUAGAAAGCUCUGCUCUCCCUGUUCCUCCCCCACACAACGAGCUAGGUGUGCAGGCUUAGAGCCAUCCCUCUCAGGAGCCUGCUGGAGAGAUACAGCCACAGCUUUGUGUUUCUUUUAUCAAAUCCCUUCUGCCUCUUCUCUUGUCUUUUUCCUGCUAUUCUAUUUUCUGCUGUUAAAAAAACUAACAGGAGGUAGUUCUAGUUGUCACUGGUCUGUAGCCUAGAGGCAAGGAAAAAACAGGGCAGAGGUGUUAAGAGCUGACUUCAACUUUAAGUAGUGUUUUUUCAUUUGUUCCUUUGCUCUUUAGAAUAAGGAAACCUAAAUAACUAUGUUAGCACUAGAGAGCUUUGGGAGAUUCCAGGCUUUGCUGGGAACCCCCUGCCUGUCUGGACCAGGCUGAUGAUUACCAGAAGUGGAAGAUUCCUGCAAAGCCCAGUAAAGAGAAUCGCAGGGGGGAGCAGAAAAACUUCCUUGUUUGUUAGAAUUUAGGGGAAGUGGAGGGACUGGGUGGGAAGCAUUGGAAUACAGGAAACUUCUUAACUCCUACUUGCAUUAUUCAUCCGUUUUUAUUACUGGAAUGAAUUUACAGGAAAAUGGAGAUAGAGAAAACUGGAUGUGAGUGGGAACCCUGAGGUAUUAGGGUGUAUGGAGACCAGCCUCUCCCUGACGGGGAGACAGCCAGGCCAUAGGCCCAGACAGCUUCGAACAGCAAUUCUUGCCCUCCCUGUAUGUGUUAUCAGAGGCAGAAUCAGGGCUACGUGGUCUGAUCUGGUGUCACUUCAGAACCAGUCGUCUUCAUUUUGCAGCUGAGCUAUGGAGAUCUUAGUGACCUCUGUUAACCUAACGGUGAUAAAUGGUAUAGAGGAAUUGAAAUCAAGUUACAUGAGUAUUCAGCUCUGGUGUCAAGGUCUGCUUGCUGAGUCCCUACUCGCAUUCCCGAGGGAAGCAAUAGCAAAUUCUGCAAUGCCAUAAGGGGGAGCAGGCUCAGCCUGUAAAUGCUUUAAACCACAGGGCUUCUGUAUGUGAAGUACUGUACCAUCAACUCACCUUAACAUAAAAGCACUGAAGGGUACUCAAGAGCUUGGCAGGGCUGGUCUGCAGCUGCUUGGCUGUGAUGAGCUGUACAGGCCCUUCAGAGUUUGUGUAACGUGGGACACUGAGCGUGUCGGGAUUGCCAGUAGUAGUAACACGUGGAAGAUCAAGUCAGGGUAUAAAUAAUAAAUAACAAAUCUGUGUGUUCCAGUCAGUCCCUGUGAUUCUACUUCUGUUUUGUCUGUAUCUUUGCUUUUUAUGUUAUCUCUAUCCAUUCCUUUCUCUGAUUUUCUCAUCAGCUCAGCUUUGCAUUGCUGUCCCACCGCCAUGGGUUAAUGCUGCCUGCUCUAGAGUCACCGUGCUUGUGAAACACCAGUCCCCCCCUUGCAGGCAGAAGCUGGCUCUGUUCUGCUUACAGGCUGAAUAAGCUGGUAUAACCCAGCGUACCACUCCUUGGUCCCUUGCUGCUCAGUCCCUGAAGAGGAAGGUUGCAUGGUACAAAGUGUGACCAUGGUACAAAUUGAACUUUGUUUUGUGUUAGCCAAGAAAUUGUUUGUUUCCAUUGGAAAUCAGAGCAGUAUGUUGUUUGUUUCUUGGCCAUCACUUCUGUGCAUUCAUCUGUCUAAUAAAAAUAAAUAGAA